AUGCUUUGUUUGGAUUCUAGUUGCAUUGCUAUAUAUGUAGAUAAGAAGGUGAACAAUGUGUGCAGUUUGAUCAAGCAAUUCAUAAAUUUACGAGCAAGAAAGCACUUACCUUGUUUUGAAUCUCUGCUUCAGGUGCCACGAUUAAAGAAACCCGCGUUGAUUAUAUCCUUGGUGCCAGAGGAUGUCGGAAAAACAACAUUCAAACUGGAGAAAGUUCCAGUUCAGGAAGGAACCUGUUUAUGGGAGAAACCUCUUUUUGUAACAGUGAAGCUUUUCAAGCAGCCAAAAACAGGAAUCCUGAAAGAAAAGAUAUACCAUUUCAUUGUUUCAAGUGGAUCUUCAAAAUCGGGUUAUCUUGGAGAAGCUUCAAUUGACUUUGCAGAUUUUGCAGAGGAAACUGCACCAAUUACAGUCUCUCUGCCUCUCAAGUUUGCAAACUCUGGUGCUAUUUUAAAUGUGACUGUUCAGAGGGUGCAGGGAGGAACUGAUCAAAGAAUUGGUGAAGAUAAUGGAAACUCGCUUUCUCAAGAUGAAAGCUUAAAGAAUCGAUUGAGUAGCGCCCACUCAGAUUCAAAUAACAACAGUUUCAAUGAAGAUGCAAACUUGGACAUUUUCUCGCCAAAUAAUGCUUACAGAGAUGGUAGCUUCAAAGCAUCCGUUGAUUCAAAUGCUAGCAUCCAGUCAACUCCUCGGCAAAAUUCAAUGCCUCAGGAGGGGGCAGUUGAUACUAAAACGACAAAGAACCGUUUGCAUAGAAGAUCAAGCACAGAAUGGUCAAUGGGUUCAGCUUCGGAUGGAAGUUUAGCUGACUCAACAAACAGCCCUGAAGAGAAAUUUCCAAGACACCUGAGAGUGGCUUCUGAUGAAUCCGUAGAAACACUUAAGAGUGAAAUAACCAGUCUACUGAGGCAGUCAGAAUUAUCAGAACUGGAAUUACAGUCUCUGCGGAAGCAAUUCACAAAGGAAAAUAGAAGGGCACAAGAGUUAUCGAGACAUAUAAUCGAUCUAAAUGAAGAGAGAGAUCAACUCAAAACAGAAUGUAUACAACUCAGGUCCCAACAGAAGAAUGUUGAUGGAGAGGAGGCUCUAAACAAACUGAAGGCUGAGAAUAAGGAUGUAAAGGUUGAGCUAGAAGAAAUUAGGCGAGAGCUUAGUCAUGAAAAGGAGUUAAAUAACAAUUUCAAGUUGCAACUUGAAAAAACACAAGAAUCUAAUUCGGAGUUGAUUCUUGCUGUAAACGAUCUUGAUGAAAUGCUGGAGCAACAGAAACUGGAAAUAUCUCAUCUUUCUGUCAAACUUGAGUUAAGUAGGGACAUUGGUGAGAUUCAGGAUAAGAAAUGUAAAUGCAAUAUGCAAGAGGAUGAAGACCAACAAGCAGCAUUAGGACUCGAAGAUAUAGAGAAGGAAGAAAACGAUUCUAGUGAAUUGCACUUACUGAAAGAAAAUAUUGCAGAUCUAUCUAAUGAAAUUAAGCUAUACAGAGAAGAUAGGGAAAAACUGGAGAAUUAUAUUGAGCAACUCACCCAAGACAUUGCAGAUUUACAACAGCAAAACCACAAACUAUCUUCUAAGUUAGAGCAGAACAGGUUACAGGAAAUCGAAAUGCGAAAUGAAUCUAUGGGAUCCUUGGCUACUAUUAAAUGUCUUCAGUUGCAGGUGCAGCGAUUGGAAGAAAAAUUAAAGAUACAAACACAAGAAUUUUCUGAAUCACUGGAUUCCAUCAGUGAGCUUGAAAGUCAGGUCAAAGCAUUGGAGAUAGAACUUGAGAAGCAAGCACAAUCAUUUGAAAAUGACCUAGAUGCAAUGACAUGUACCAAAAUUGAGCAGGAGCAAAGAGCCAUACGUGCAGAAGAAGCCUUGAGGAAGACAAGGUGGAAAAAUGCUGUUACAGCAGAGAGGCUACAAGAAGAAUUUAAAAGACUAUCUGUGGAAAUGGCAGUUAAGAUUGAUGAAAAUGAGAAGCUCAUGACAAAAGCAAUAACAGAAGCUGAUGAGCUACGUGUUCAAAAUAGAAAUCUGGAAGACAGGCUUCAGAAAGCUAAUGCUGAGCUUUCACUAUUUAAUGAUCAGAGCCACGAAAAAGUGGAAGAACUAUCAACUCGAUUAGAACUGAAAACAGAUCAUGCAGAGCAGAUGUCACUACAGCUGGAAGCUUUGUCCCACCAGCUCAAAUGUGCGCAAAACCACCAAGAAGAAAAGCAAGAGAAUUUCUUGGUGGAAAAUCAAAUGCUAAAAUCUAAGAUAGAAAUGCUCAAAAGGGAGAAAAGAGACCUCUCUGAUCUGGCAGAACAAGUCAAAUUGAGAGACAAGACAGAAGAAACAAAGACUUCGCCUAAAGAGACAGAACUGCUGAUUACAAGAUGGGAGAAAGAAAGAGAGGAACUGCAGAGGAAUUUUGAAUUAGCUAAGAAGGAAUCAGAAAAGGCACAAGAAGAAUUAUUGAACUUAAGGUACUUGAAGAAUGAAAAAGAGACACUGGUUGAAAAACUGUUAUCAGAAGCAGGAAGUCUUAGAUCUCAGCAUAUUGAGUUACGAAGCAGCUUGUCCAGAGAAGAAUUGGAGAAAGAAAACCUGCAGAAACAAGUACUUGAGCUAAAGCACGAAAUAAAGAAGAAGAAAGAGAGAAGUAAAAGUGUAGAAAGGGAAGAAACAAAUAACAUCAUGUCUGAUGAGAAAGCAGCUAACUUUUCACCACAUAGCAGGGAUGAUUUCAAGGUUACUGAAUUGCUGACUGAAAUGUCACUAUUAAAGGAAAGGAACAAAUCUAUGGAAAGUGAAUUAAAAGAAAUGCAAGAGAGAUAUUCGGAGACAAGCCUCAGAUUUGCAGAGGUAGAAGGUGAAAGGCAACAAUUAGUCAUGACCGUACGCAACCUCAAAAGUGGUAAGAGAAACUAGCACACUCAAAGAGAAUUGAACACAGAACUGAAGCAUUACACUGAGCUUUGAGUAGCAGGGUGUGUUGUCAAACCUAUUUGAACUCUGUAGUUACUACCGGCAGAGUUCAGGAUACACAAGAAGCAGAUCACAAGUUUAGAGAAAAAUUUCUUGUCAAUAAAAUGUCUUUUUCACA